GCCCGCCACGGUUUCACGUGUGGUGUCUGCCGCGGUUCGCGCGCUCCGUUAUUGUUUCGCACACAAUAAUUAUUAAUAAAAUACAUUUAUUGCCUAAACAAUAACAGUCGUCGUUUUACGUGUACUCCGCAUUGUAUUUAUGCGUACAAAUUAUAGACACACAAUACUACUACUACUACUAAUAAUAAUAAUAAUUUAAUAUUGCUACCAUACAUAAUAUUAUUAUUAUUAUUUAGACGAGGUGUUUUUUAAAUAUUUUUUUUACCAUUCGUUUUUGCCGCGCUACCGCCGCCGCCUUCUCUCGGCCGUCCGACGAUAAUAAUAAUAUAAUAUUUAAAUAUUAUAAUAACGACUCUUGAGAAAAUUUAUUAUUCCCAGUGUUCGCGCCACGCACCUGUAGCAGGAGUGCAGGACGACCGUCGCUGUAGUGCGCGCGUGUGUGUCCCAGUGCAGUUUAUGCCGACCACUUGGUAAUAAUAUCGUCGCUGCCGCUGCUGUCGCCGUCGUUUAUUUCAAUAAUAAUAAUAAUAAUAAUACAUAUAUUGUAACCUCUCGUCUUUACUGACGCGAAUCCUACCACUACGUUCGUACGCCGCUGCGUGGAACACACGUGUGCGCGUGUGUAUUUAGUCGUCCGUCCGUCUGUGAUAAUCUUUUUUAAUUUUAAUUUUUUUUAAGUUUUUUUUUUUUAAAAUUUUUUUAUUCAAUCUUAUCCACUCACAAUUUGGGCCCAAAUUACAUAUACCGACUAAAGUGAUCGACUUUUUAAACUUUAAAAGUUGGUAUAACUUUUGAAAAAUGAAGAAAGAAGAACCAGCCAACGUGGAGACUGGAUUGGUCAUUAAACAAACCCGAUCAAUGAACUGUUCAAGAAUAUUGAAUCUCAUGGUUUUAUUUGGAUUUAUGGUAAAUUAUAUGUUACGAGUAAACUUUACAAUUGCCAUCGUAGACAUGGUACCUAACCAUAAGCAGAAUGUCUCGAUAGAACAAGCCGCUAAUUUUUCAACUUCAUCUUUAAAUGAAACCAAUGCUACUGUGAGUUGGACACAAUCUAAUCCACCUGGUGUUGUGAAGUUUAAUUGGUCCGAGUAUGAACAGAAUAUGAUAUUAGGCAGUUUCUUUUGGGGUUAUGUUCUUACGGAAUUGCCAGGUGGUCGUUUGGCCGAAAUGAUUGGAGCUCGACCGGUAUUCGGCUACUCUAUGUUGCUAGCGUCAAUGGUUACCUUAUUAACACCUAUGGCCGCAAAAAUUAGUAUAUAUUGCCUUAUGUUUUGUCGAGUAUUUUUAGGAUUUACUUUAGGAGUAACAUGGCCGGCUAUAUUACCACUUGCUGCCAAUUGGAUCCCACCAAAUGAACGUAGCAAGUUCAUGUCCAACAUGAUGGCUUCUACUUUAGGUGCAGCUAUUACAUUACCGAUUUGUGGUAUACUAAUCUCUGCAUGGGGAUGGGAAUCGGCAUUCUAUAUGACGGGAUUAGUAGGUCUUGCAUGGUCGAUCUUGUGGUUUAAUUUAGUUUUUGAGACACCUGCAGAUCAUCCUAGAAUUAGCGAAUACGAAAGACAUUAUAUUGAAACAGAAAUCGCUAAGCAAAGCAAACCUGGUACAAAGCCAAAAAAACUUCCAUGGAUACAAAUACUUACGUCAUUUCCUGUAUGGGCCAUAGUUAUUACACACGGAGCUAGUGUCUUUGGAUACUUUACUAUUGUCAAUCAGUUACCUACUUAUAUGAAGUAUUUACUUCAUUAUGACAUUAAAUCGAAUGGUUUUCUAUCUAGUCUCCCUUAUUUGGGUAAAUAUUUUAUGGCUUUGUUCGCUGGAAUAAUUGCUGAUCGUCUUCUAAAUUCUGAAAAAAUAUCCAAAACAAUGACUAGAAAAAUCUUCACUUUUAUCGGAGUAUUUACGCCUGGAAUUUUGAUGAUCCUACAAGUGUACUUUGGAAAUAACCAAGUGUGGUCUGUAAUGAUAUUCACUAUUGCAUUGACGUUGAACGGAGCAGUGACGGGUGGUUAUCUGGGAAACGGUUUGGACAUAGCUCCAAAUUUCUCUGGCACAAUAUUUGGAAUGGCAAAUACACUGUCUUCGUUUGGAGGGUCCUUGUCGUCGUACUUGGUGGGAAAACUAACGAAUAACAAUCAAACAUUUGAGCAAUGGUGCAUUGUAUUUUGGAUUUUGGCUGGGACUUACAUGUGUGGCGCCAUAGUAUUUUUAAUAUUCGGAACGGCAAAAACGUUAUCUUGGAAUUCGGGACCCAGCGCAGACGAACACAACGGUAUUUCAACAAACGAAUUGGAAGCAAUGAAACCUUUGAAAAAUUCUACAAGUUCUUAAUGAUUUAACGAAUAUCGAAUCUUUGGAGUAAAGACAAACAAAAUAUUUAACGACCACUGUGAAUUAAAUGUACAUAUUUUAUGAUUUUUAUUUUUAAACAUUGUAUUUACGUUGAAAUUAGUAUUUAUUUAUUUAAAUCUUAAAAUCUAACACUGAUAUUAAGUGAACUAUUAUAAAAUUAUAUACGUUGAUAAACAUCAUGAAGAGAGACUAAUAUAUAAAAUAUUUUUUUUUUUUUUUUUAAUAUGUAUUUUGUAUAUACUGUGCUGAUUGCUAACCCUAUUUAUUUAUUUAUUAUUAUAUCUGAUAUAUGUAUAAUGUAUAUCUGUAAUAAUGGAGAAUAGAUUAUGGGGAAGGCUUAUGAAUUUAAUAUUUAAUUUGUACGUAUCUAACAAAAACAAUUAUGAAUAAAUAAUAACGAGAUGAAAGUUC